CAUUGUCUCUGUACUGAAAUGUGCUGUAUAAAUAAAUUUGCAGUGCCUUGCCUUACUGCACUUGAAAUAAAAUGGACUAUUUGAAGUGCAAAAAUUGUAAGAUAAUUGUAUUCACCUGCUCACAUCAAGGGCAUAUACACUCAUUUCAAGAAGAUAUUUACUUACUUUCAGUUCCUGUUUGCAGUGGGCCAUCACUUGUAAGUAGCACUGAGGUGCUUGAACUCCUCGGAUCCAGGCAGACUGACCAUAACUAGUUGGGGCUGAUUUUUAAAAAUGAAGAACUGUCCUAAAAGCAUUUCCACUUGAUGCAUUAAAUUGUGUUUUAUUAAAAACGUACAAUUUUUCUUUGAUCAUUUUAAGAAAGAGGCCUCUCUCGGGUCUGGUUGGAGGUGUUUGAAACAGUUUUUCCUGUUUGUUUGUUUUUAAAAGACUCAUCUACAUUAGAUAAUUUUUGUAGGUUUGACUCUUCUUUCUAUGGUAAAGAAAAUCAUGUAAUCUGUGUAAAAAUCAUAAAGGAUUUAAGGUCGCCGUUCGUUUUUGUUUUUUAGUAAAUUAAGAACAAUUAUUUUACGUCUAUAUUUGUUAUGACAAUAGGAGCUAACCUGUUUGUGCCUCUGAUGUGAUUCAAACCUGAACUCUCCUGUACACCAAUCAGCCUUUUUAAGGUUUCAUUUCUUUGGUGAAAGAGGGACAAAUGGGGCCGAGGGCCUCCGUCCACAGCCAGAAAGGUUCUGGUCACACACUGGCGUACGGACAGCUUUAAAACAGUAUAAAGAGGGAGGAGUAAGGGGGGGGCGAGCAAUAAAGAACAGGCUGUGCUUUGGAGAGAACAUUUGCCUCCACAGCAACCUCUGCUCUCUGAGGACCAGUCUGCUUUACAAACUGGGUUUUCUGUGGGUCUAACUCGUUGAUCCCUGUACUCCUCGAUGUACCGUCAGAAAGAUCUCCAUACACGAAGGCUUCAGUACAAAGUUCACUCCUGCCUUUCAACACGGAGAAGCGUUCUUUGAGCUUGGAGGAAUGACAAGGUCUCUUUUUUUUGCUACUCGGAGAUGUGAUUUAAUGGUUUUCCUUAACAUGAGAAGGAUUUGAAACGCCUAAUGGAUAUCAGGACUUAACAAAAAGCACGUGGUCUGCUGAAAAUUUCCCCCGAAGGAACCUAAAUUACUGGGAGAGGAAGUAGCAUCUUUCUGGACUUUCACAGCAACAUUGUGAGAAAUAAUCCCAGAGGGAGCAGCAGAGAAAACGCUACACUGACCCCUCAGCAGCCUGAAGGUGGGAGAUCUCAGCGAGGGUGCAGCUGGUUCUAUCCCGCGUCUUUCCGCUCAAAGGUUGCUUUCAGCCGACCGGCCCCCCGGCAACAUUUUGUGAGGAACUGCCUUUGCGUUACAUUUCCCACUACAGGUUCCAGGGUACGGGAGGAUGAAGAAGAAGCUGCUGGUGGACGUGGACUGUGGCGUGGAUGACGCCCAGGCCAUCAUGCUGGCGCUGGCCGCCCCCGGAGUGGAGCUCCUGGGCAUCACCUGCGUGCACGGCAACACCACGGUGGAGAACGUGUGCAGGAACGUUCUGCGGGUUCUGCAGGUCUGCGAUAAGCUGGAGGUUCCAGUGUUCAAAGGCGCCGACAGGCCUAUCCUCGGGAACCGACUCAACGCGGGACACUUCCACGGGAAGGACGGCCUGGGUGACGCCCCCGACCCCAACGCGCCGGGUCUGGACCGGCUUCAGGAGGAGAGCGCCGUGUCGGCCAUGAUCAGGAUUGUUAACGAAAACCAAGGAGAGAGCAAAAUCUCCCAGGUGUCUCUGGUGGCCACGGCGCCCCUCACCAACCUGGCUCUGGCUGUGAGGAUGGAUCCGUCUCUGCCGAGUAAACUCAAAGGACUCUACAUCAUGGGAGGGAACACGGAGUCCCGAGGAAACACCUCGGUGUGCGGCGAGUUCAACUUCACCGCUGAUCCAGAAGCCGCCUUCAUCGUGCUGAAUGAUUACCAAUGUCCCACCUACUUGGCCUGCUGGGAGUUUACCUGCAGGAACAAGCUAUCUUGGGAUUUUUGCGACGCCUGGCUGGCCCAGAAGAGCCACAAAGCUCAGUUCAUGGCAAAGAUCUUCCGCUACAGCAUCGAGGCGUCGAAAACCGAGCGCUUCGAGAAAGAGGUCAUCGCUGGCCCCGGCCUCAUUUCCUGCGACUCGUACGCCAUGGCGGCCGCUGUGGACGACUCCUUCGUCCUGGAAAGCGACCAGCUCCCAGUUAGCGUGGAGCUGGUGGGCACUCACACCAGAGGGAUGAUGAUCGUGGACACGAUGGGCUUACUGAACAAGACGCACAAAGCCUUUAUCAUAAAGAAGGGGGAUAUGGAGAAGUUCAAGAAGAUGAUGAUGGCGGCUCUGAAAUGAGUUUGAACUUGUCACUGACGGUCGGCGUUCUCAUCCACAUGCCUCCUGGUUGACUUACCGUUUGUACUUGUAGAACUGAAGAUGCAUAUUUACCUCAAUGCGGUGUUGACUCCGUUAUAAAAAGACUGAUACCUUUGA